GUGAAAUGCUGAUUCAUUUUCUUUGAAUCGUGUGCACGGUUUUCACAAGUUUUUUCCACGUUGUCAGAAAUUUGGCAAAUAUUAUAUGGUAGUUAGGUUUUCUUAAUCUACACCAUUUAAAUAAAAUAAAAUAUGGAACAAGCGCCGAAAGAAUCAGUUAAUUCCGUACAAGUUUUCGGUAGGAAAAAAACAGCUACAGCUGUUGCUUAUUGUAAAAAUGGAAAUGGUCUAUUAAAAGUGAAUGGAAGACCUCUUGAUUUAUUAGAACCUCAAAUUCUAAAAUAUAAGCUUUUGGAGCCUAUUCUCCUAUUAGGUAAAGAACGAUUUGCUGGUGUUGACAUACGAGUUAGAGUGAAGGGUGGUGGUCAUAUAUCACAAAUUUAUGCUAUUCGUCAAGCUAUUUCUAAAGCUUUGAUUGCUUAUUAUCAGAAAUAUGUAGAUGAAGCUUCCAAAAAGGAAAUCAAAGACAUUUUAAUUCAAUAUGAUAGGUCCUUGUUGGUUGCUGAUCCAAGGCGAUGCGAACCCAAAAAGUUUGGUGGACCUGGUGCUCGUGCUCGUUACCAGAAAUCCUAUCGUUAAUUCUUUUUUUGUCUGUAUUAAAAUAAAACUGCUUUGAACAGUUCA